UGGGCGAGCUGCUGUCCCAAGAAGGCAAUUGCCUCGGUGUGUUUCCCCGCAGCACAACUCCCUAACCCCACACUCUCCCCGGAUUGCCUAGGUAAACUAGUUACGACACGCUUUCCACCGUCAUGGUGUAUGGAAUAUUAAUAGUUGGAUGGGGAUCGCAUUUAUUAUUUUAACAUUUGUUCGAUUCUGUUAUCCCCGUGCCACAACAGCUCCACACUUGUGUACUGCCGUCCCCUUACAUCUAUGGAUUUAGCCUCGCCGUGGUGACCAGACAUAUUUUACACACAACAAGAUCACAAUGGCUCCCACCGGUCCCAUCACUACACCGAUAACCCAGCUGUUGGGCAUCCAGCACCCGAUCCUCCUUGCCGGGAUGGCACGCACGUCCGGUGGACCUCUCGCGGCAGCGGUCUCCAAUGCCGGCGGCCUCGGGGUUAUAGGCGGUUUCAUGUACACGCCCGACCAGCUGCGCGAGAUCAUUGCUGAGAUGAAGGAGAACUUCAAGUCCCCGGACCUGCCGUUCGGUGUUGACCUCGCCCUGCCACAAGUUGGAGGCAACGCUCGCAAGACGAAUCACGACUACACGGGCGGCAAGCUCGACGAGCUCAUCGACAUCACCAUCGAGUCCGGCGCCCGACUGUUCGUCAGCGCGGUUGGCGUGCCGCCCAAGAGCGUCAUUGACAGGCUGCACGCUGCAGGUAUCUACGUCAUGAACAUGGUUGGUCAUCCAAAACACGCCAUCAAGGCGCUUGAUCUCGGUGUCGACAUUGUUUGCGCUCAGGGCGGCGAGGGUGGCGGCCACACGGGCGACGUGGCGAACUCGGUUCUCAUCCCGGCCGUUGUCGACGUCGCGCGGCGGUACCGGCCCAAGAUGCUCAAGGGAGGACCCGCGCUCGUCAUUGCUGCGGGCGGAAUUUACAACGGCCGCUCGCUGGCGAGCUCGCUGAUGCAAGGCGCCGUGGGCGUGUGGGUCGGCACACGCUUCGUGGCGUCCGUCGAGGCUGGGUGCAGCGAGGAACACAAGCAGGAGGUUGUGUCGUGCGGGUUUGAUGGUACAGAGCGCACGCUUGUGUUGUCUGGGCGGCCGUUGCGGAUGAAAACAAAUGACUAUAUCCGCAAGUGGCAUUCGCAGCCAGCCAAGAUCAGGCAGCUUUGCGACGAGGGGGUGGUCCCGAUCGAACUUGAUUUUGAGCAAGGCAACGACAUUGACCCGCCGCAUCUGAUGGGUCAAGUUGCGGGUGCAAUCGAAAAGAUCCAACCUGCUGGCGAGAUUGUGGACGAGAUGGUCAAGGAGGCAGUCGAUCAACUGAAGCUCGGGCAGGUGUAUUUGGGUCAGCGGAGCAAGCUAUGAAAGAAGUUUGUAAACAUGAGGUACUGUAUGAUCUGCUCGAGUAACGGGAUAAGUGUAAC